UAAUGCCAAAACCAAGCGUAAGCCAUUGCAGUGGAUAUCAAGGUGAAAAUGGACUGUGAUGGUUGUGAAAGAAGAGUUAGAAACGUGGUUCGUCGCAUGAAAGGGGUGAAAUCGGUGGAGGUAAACCGGAAACAGAGCCGGAUAACGGUGAACGGACACGUGGACCCAAACAAGGUGUUGAAGAGAGUGAAGAGCACCGGUAAAAAGGCUGAGUUCUGGCCAUACAUACCUCAACAUAUGGUCUAUUACCCUUUUGCCCCUGGCAUGUACGACAAACGUGCCCCUGCAGGCCACAUCCGCAAUCCCACUCAAUCGUUUCCAACCGCAAACGCUCCCGAGGAAAAUUACGUUUCCCUCUUCAGCGACGACAACGUCCACGCCGCUUGUUCCAUCAUGUGAGCAACCAACCAAAAAGAUUACUCAUAAUAUCUAUUUUGUAAUAUGUAUACUUUUCUUAAUUUUGUUAAAAUCAAAAGGUAAAGUAGAAACUUUGUAAUAAAUUAUAGAGACAACA